AUGGCAGAAUUUGGUCUAUUAGUAUUCUGCUACGGGAAUAAAUGCCCAAUUUUGAGAUCUAUUGAGGACUCAUCUAGUAGCCUUCCUGGUGCUGUUCGUAAGACGAAUUCUAAGUCAUAUAUAUCUUUUGCUGAAGAGGCUGCAAAUUACAUGGAUAUCGAGUUUGCUGGAUUUAACUGUCAAUGUGUUGCUAAUAUGAUCAAGGGAAAGACACCCAAGGAGAUAAGAAAGCAAUUCAACAUCAAGAAUGAUUUCUCACCUGAAGAAGAGGAGGAAUUUCAGUGGGCUUUCGUGUAA